AUGACCAGCACAAGCCACCAUCAACUAUUACAAAGCUCAUCUCGGCCGUCACAUAUGAUUGAGAAUUACCAACAAUCCUUCAUACCAAGGAGGAUGCCCCAGGCAAGUCGUAAAAAUGAACAGGAUACGGUGAACCGUGAUGACAAGCUCACACCACCUCUACCACCUCGGAGCCGGCGAGAUGUGAGGAAGUCAACAGAGCAAGCUGGAGAGUUCCCACCCAAAGGGGGAAUAUCCAGUCUGUUAAAAACAUCUCCGAACUCUUCUGUGUUGACUCAGAGAUAUCCGUACAACCGGACCGUGUCUAAUUCUGCAGGGUCAACAGGAAGGUCAUUUAGUUCGCUGCCACGUCGAGUUGGCAGUGACAAAGCUAAAAACAAUUCACAGGUAAAUGAGUCAAAGUCUCCUCUCUACUCACACCGCAGUGACCAGGUCGAAUCAGUUCGGAGUCAGUCUGGUCAGCAGGACGACUCCACACAGGGACUUCCCUCCAACAGUCAAGCUGAUAACAGAAAUGUUGUGUUAAAUACAAACAACAAACCAAGUGACUUUAGCAGGAGUAAUUCAGAUUCAUCGGAUAUUCCUCCUCAGAUACCUCCUCGAGGUUUACCGCACAGAAUUUCAACCAAUGGAAUGCCACCCUCUCCCAAGUCACCUUGUCAUGACUCAAAUUCUUCUUCUAAAGAAAGUGCUUCAACUCCAGAACCACAGCCUUUGACUCGUACCAAUGUCACAAAGCAUGACACAAUUUGGACUGUUGAGAAAGAGGCUGAUGAGGGAGUUGGUGACCUACUUAGUCCUCCAAUGAAACAUUUAACUCCGGAAGUCACAGCACAAAUGCUUGACAAUUUCGAUCCACAUGAUGUGUUAGAUUCAGCUAGUGAUUCAUCAGCUGAUACCAUGAUCAUGAUGACUACGGAAGAAGAAAAGAGAAAUGAGGAAAGCAUGAAUCAUAGUCGUCAGAAAUAUGAAUCAAAAAAGAUUUUCGCUGACUCGGAUGUGACGGUUGUACCAGAGUGUAAAAAUUCUAUCUUGUCAAAGGGAAAUGGGGACAGGUCACAUCUGAAAGUGACAUUUAUGUCCCCAAAAAGACAAGUAUCGGAAGACGAAAGUUUAGAUGACGGUUAUGGUACAAACUCAAGUUCAGGAACGUCGUUAUCAUCCCCAUUGUCAUCUAGUUCGUCAUCAUCAACAACAAAUUCUGACCUGGAAAAUUCAUGUAAUCAGGGAAACGGUAAUAUUGGGAAACGGGAUUUGAAGCCUUCUGUUCACUUCAAUGGACCAAUCAUAAAGCCAGCUUUGACUAACUCUCAGCCAAGUACACGGAACACUUGGGCGGUACGACGGAGAAACAAAAUGGUAGAAUCGCAAGAUAAUUCUCUUCAGGAAAAGUUACGACAAUUGGCAAUUAUUGAAGAAGAAGAAAAUAAUCAAAACAUGCAUAAUGCAACAGACGUAAGUCCGGAGAUGGAAAUGUCAAAUCAUACUAACAAUAAUGAAGUAAGUUCGUAUGACAGGACUAACGUAUACGAGAAGGGGAACACUGAGGUUGGGACUUCGAUAGAAAUGCGUGGUGCAAGGACACAAAGUGGUGAAAAUAUUGGUCCUCCAGAGGACUUACGCCGAUUCGAGGGGGAUUUAUGUGACAAAUUCACUGAUAUGGAUCGAAAUUAUAGGAAUUACUAUGACUUCGAUAAAACAAAUGAAAAUUUGAAAGAUGAUUCAAAAGUGCUAUACUUCCAUCAAAAAACGAUGAAGCAAAACUAUGGAAAUGAUAAUUAUUACAACCCUCACGCACAUCGGAAUUCCCAAAACAUGGAUCAGAGUCGGAUUGGACAACUUGACCCUGCAAUGCAACCCCAGGUCUCCUCAGGUGUACCAAUGUUAAGUUUGAAAAGUAUGGUUUCCAUGGAUACAAGGGGUCCUAACUCAGCGCGUAGUGAUUAUGGAGGACGUGUGCCAUUUGCAGGUGAUAUGCCUGGGAGAAGUUUCUCGUAUCAGUCAAAUAGUUCAGGGGUCAGUUCAAUGGGAAAUAUGUCUACUUCGAGUGAUUUCGUAAAAGCAAACACAAGUUGUGAUAAUAUUUUUGCAAAUGGUGGCACUGAUGGAAUGCCACAUAAAGGUCGUUUCAUUUCUGUGGACAACGUUAAUCAGAAUGGCAGACGGCCAUUUUUUGCAAGCUCAGCGGAUAUUUACAACAUGUUUCAAAGUGGGAACAAUCUAGCCACACAGAUUCAUCGGCCUGCUUCGUAUCGCCAUAGUUUUCACGAAAUGCCAUCUUCUGGUAAUGUUGUUGUGGAAUCUAGUCAACUGCAGCCAGAACAACGGCCGCGGGCUGCAUCGACUAGUGUGACUAUGCAGAGCAAAUCCUCUUGGAAUUUAUUUGGAAGUAUGUUUAGUAAGAAGAAAUCAAAGUCAUCACAACAGAAAGCUGACAACAGUGCUAGCAAUAGUCAACCAGUAACAGAAAAAGCUUCUACUUUAAAACCAUCAGGAAAAAAGUCAUCCCAAAAUGCCAAGGUUUUCCCUAAGGAGCCAAGCAAACCUGUCCCCCCACCUCCGGUUGGACAAAAACAACAAUACACAGUAGUUCCCAUCAUACGAACUCCAAAAGCACAACAAAUGAGAAACCCAGGAACUGACUUUGGGGUCAGAGGUCAGUCUCAGACACUCCCUACACGGGGCUCAUAUGACCACAAUGUGUACAAAAGCAGAUUUAAGACAGUAACUACUGACGAAGGAGAUAGUCAGAAGUUAUCAACACUUGUCUGA